AUGAUCAACGAAAAACUGAUCUAUGCUGAAGAACCCGGCUGCCUUUUUAAUAAGAAUCGUAUCUCCAAUGCCAAUGAACCCACUCUCACCAUAUAUGACGCAAAUGCUACCCAGUGUUUUUUGCGUGUGUUGCCGGUAGAAAACCCUUUUAUUGGGUUAGUAGUUCAGCAGAUGUUUAAUCAGAUUUUAUCUCAAAAUUUUUUUCUAAUGUCUGCUCCGUCGUUUUUACUUAUUUUGCUCCGAGACCUUUAACUGAAUUUAAGAUUUAUGGCGACGGAUGCAAAUUCAAAAUCACUCCUAUCUCUAGAUGGUUAAAUUACGUUGUCUUAAAAACGGCCGCACUGUAGAUGGUUUAUUGAGACUUCGGAAAUUGGCACUCACAACUGAACUAGGCUAGGUCAAUUUCAUAAUCCCGCAUCAACUGACAUUCUUCUCCGCUAGGUCUCAUUUCCCUGAUGUUAAGCAUUGCUCAAAUAUGCUAUUUUUUCGCUGUUUUGCUUUUCUUCUUAACAGGGUCUGUAUUUUAUAUGCGUAUUCGUGUCUGCUCCUCACACGACCAGGUAUGAAACCUAGUAUGUUAAACGAUCGAAAAAUUUGACCCGUAAUCAGAUCAGAAUAUAAAUUCUGAGGUCUGGCUUGUCGUAUAACAUCGCGUGGCCCACAUCCAUUCAUGCUUUUACCGACUGUUUUCAUUUAUAUCUCGGUCGUAGACAUUGCGUUACUCAACUUUCAGCAGAUAUUUCCGCAAGGUUACGGCAUAUGGCGAUGGUCGGAAAAAGGUAACAUGUGGAGCGUCUGACGCAGUUAUGGGAAAAGCAUUUCCGUCGGCGAAAACGGAAGACGGCCCUUGACGCGGAUGCCUGAACCUGCAGCUGCUAUUUCUGUCACGUUGCUGCUAACUCGACCGAACCCGGCUUCACAAUCAAGUUUAAUGGGGCCAAAAUCCUCGCGCGGAGGAGAGAACCGAUUGGGCCCCCGGUCAUUUGACAAGUGCGGUGAUUUCCCGCCAUCGUGUCCUCUGCUUAAACCCCGCCUGAUCUAACUGAGUAAUCACGCAAAGAACGCGCGAGCAAGUACUGUUCUCAGUGGCAGUGUCGAUGAACCCUUGAUCACAAAUGGUGCCAUGUCAGUGGUGGACGACUUGCAUCAUGUAAAACCCUCUGCAGUUAAUACGGGAGCAGUCCGGUUUGGUAGGUGUACAGUGGUAUAACAACUGCAUCCUUUCACCACUGCAAAACCUGUGCGGACAUUACCCUUAUCUAAUUAUGUCACUGAGGAUGAAUUGGAGUGCGGACUAUAAACACUGGACAAAUAAGCCUUUUGUUUCAACGAUCACGUCUCUUCCCUGACUGCUUCCCGGGACCCACAUCUUUGUUUCUAUUGGGAUUCGAAUUUCGGAUGUCACAGUUUCCGAGUUUCUGUGGUGAGGUAUUGGACUAAUUUACCUUUGACAAUCUAGUCCCGUUUUUGGCAGUCUGUCCCUCACCCUGAACAUUGGCGUUCGUCGGUCUUUCACCGGGAUCUUUGUGAUUGCUGAUGUCCCUCAUGCAAUCCUCGGCCAAGACUUUCUUGCCGAGUUCGAUCUCCUUGUUGACUGCCGACGUGCUCGUCUCCUCGACCGCACCACCGGUCUGUCUGUUCGUAGAAUAACUCCCUUUAAUGCCCGCACCAACUUAUCUGUCUUGGACGCAGAUAUUGCUAGCCCCUUUCACGAACUUCUUCUUAGACACUCCAACAUAAUUAACCCCCACAUUCGCAGUGGUGAGGUCCAACAAGAUGUCGUGCACCAUAUCCGCACCUCAGAUCCUCCCGUGUUUGCUCGGCCGAGACGACCAGCACCGGAUCAUUUCCAGGUCGCAAAGGCGGAGUUUGAACACAUGUUGCAACUGACAAUAAUUCAACCGUCUGAUAGCCCUUGGGCGUCCCCACUGCACAUGGUGCCCGAGGCGACAUCAGGUGACUGGCGACCCUGUGGCGACUAUCGUGCCCUCAACAGUGCCACCAUUCCUGAUCGGUACAUCGUGCCUCAUCUUCAGGACUUUGCUGGAGCCCUUUUUCGGCAAAGCGGUUUUCUCGAAGCUUGAUCUGAUGCGUGCUUUUCAUCAGAUUCCAGUAGUCCCUGAGGACAUUCCUAAAACCGCCGUCACCACACUCUUCGGUCUCUUUGAAUUCAUCCGCAUGCUGUUCGAUCUUCGUAAUGUCGCCCAAACGUUCCAGAGGUUCAUUGACCAUGUCUUACGGGGCCUGCCUUGUGUGUGUGCCUACAUUGAUGACCUCUUGGUGGCCAGCCAGAAUGGAGAAGAACACAAAGAGAACCAUGCCUUGGUGUUUGACCGCCUAGACCAGUUUGGCGUUGUCGUCAACCCCUCAAAGUGCGUGUUGGGUGAGCCCUCGCUCGAGUUCCUCGGCCAUCAUGUCGACUCUGAAGGUUUGCGUCCCCUCCCCUCCAAGGUUAAAACAAUUCGUGAUUCCCCUCCAUCAACUUCCAAGCGUCAGUUACAGCGAUUCCUCGACAUGGCCAGUUUUUACCACUGAUUCCUAACGAACUGUGUUGAUCUCAUGUUGCCGCUCACCAACAUGCUUUCUAGUCCCAAAGGCACCCUCGAGCUGACUGGUGAAGCACUGACUGCUUUUGAGAGAAUCAAGAAUUCCCUUGCCACGCCACCUUACUCACCCAUCCCGCUCCCGAAGCUCAGCUAUCCCUGGUGGUAGGUGCUUCGAUCGUAGCCGUAGGUGCAAUCCUUCAACAAAACCUUGCUGGUUCGAGUCGACCACUUGCCUUUUUCUUCAAAAAGCUCUUACCAGCUCAGCCACGUUACAGUACCUUUGGUCGUGAAUUACUUACCAUUUACCUGGCUGCGAAGCAUUUCCGGCAUUUCCUUGAAGGUCGGGACUUCACUGUUUUCACGGACCACAACCGUUAACUUUUGCACUUUGGUCCCACUCCGACAAGUACAAUCCGAGGUAAAUCGCACAUUUGGACUAUACUUCCCAUUUCACCUCUGCCAUCCCCGCAUGUCUUGUUACUCCGCCUAGGCGAAGUUUUAGCACAGAGUAUGGAGUCGGAAGAUCGUUGCACUUGUUGAUGGACUGAGGGCCAGUAAACCAUGCCUGUGUGAUGAUUGCUCGACCAUCUGAUCCACCGAACCUGGAGUUGGGAGAAGUACUCACUUGUGCUCUCCCCGCGUGGCUAAUUACUCCGUCUAGGCGACGACUCAUCACAGAGUAGGGAAGGGGAAGUUCACUGCACUUGUUAAUGGACUGGGGGCCAGUGAACUAUGAUUCAAGUAGCUCCCGGCUCACGCGGUUGUCACCUUUUGCGAUAAUUUUGGCCUAAUCGAAUUUGAUUGUGUGGCCGGAUAUCGUCGAAUGGGCCGCCACACUGAUGGCACGAAGAAUGAGGUGGCUGAUAUGUUGUCCAGAUUCUCACUGUCUUCCCUCCAACUCUCACACGGGAUCGAUGUUUGAGCCAUGGCGGCUGGGCAAUAGCGAGUCGGUUGUCCUGGCGACGAGUCCGUUAGUGGUCUCCAACUCAACGAUUUUCCUCUGACAACCGGCUCUAGUACCAUAAUUUGUGACGUCUUGGCUCCCUUUCAUCGACCUUUCGUGCCGCCUCGAUGCGUCGAGCUGUAUUUCAGACUCUGCAUGGACUCUCCUACUCUGGGAUCCGAGCCUCUUAAAAGCUCCUCGCGGAAAGGUUCGUCUGGCCUGGCAUGAACAAGGACGUCAGAGCGUGGACCCGAUAGUGCCAGAGCUGCCAGCGUAACAAGGUGCAACGUCACAAAAAGUUCCCACCAGACACUUUCCCCAGCCCCGACGCACGGUUCAGCCAUGCGCACCUGGAUGUCGUAGGCCCCUUGCCUCCAUCCAGUGGUUUCACCCACCUCCUUUCCUGUGUCGAUCGGUAGACCCGGUGGGCUAAAGCCAUUCCUUUGCCGAAUGCGCAGACUGAAACCAUCAUGAAGGUCUUCGUUAGUCGUUGGGUCGCCAUGUUCGGUGUCCCAUCCACGGUUUCGACUGAUCGUGAUGCCCAAUUUGAGUCGGCACUCUUCCAAACGCUACUCAGUUUCUUUGGCUGCACACGCAUUCGAACGACAGCCUACCACCCAGCUGCCAACGGUAUGGUUGAGCGUUUCCAUCGGCAGCUAAAGACCGUCCUGCGUGCCGUAGAACACUUAGGAAACUGGUCAGAUAACCUUUCUCUUGCACUCCUCGGCAUCCGCGUAGCUCUAAAAUCUGAUCUGGACUGUAGCGCAGUUGAAUUGGUUUUCGGCACUACCCUCCGACUGCCAGGCGAGAUGGUCACCCCAACCUCUCGUGGGACCGACGAGAUUCCUGGCUAA